AGUGCGAUGCCGACGGACCUGGCGCUGGUGUACGACGCGGUGCAGCUGUUCGCCAGAGCGCUCAGCGACCUCGACAAGACGCGGGCCAUCGAAGUGCUGCCGCUCAACUGCUCCAAGGAGCAAGUCUGGCCACUUGGAGCCACACUCGUCAACUACAUCAAGUGGGUCAGUCAAGUGCUUCAAGUGGGUCAGUCAAGUGCUGCCGCUCAACUGCUCCAAGGAGCAAGUCUGGCCACUUGGAGCCACACUCGUCAACUACAUCAAGUGGGUUGAGCUGUACGGCUUCUCUGGACUGGUGCGUUUCAACG